UUCUUAGGCUUCACACCUUAUAGAAGAGUGUAAGCAUUGCUCCUUCACACUAUGCUUUGAAUAAUAAUGCAAAAUUCCAUGAGUAUAAAAUAUGCAAUGGCCAGUUCCGCAAAUUGUAUGUGUGUAUAAGUAAUGGCUACUUGUAUUAAAAUUAUCACAAAUGUAUGAGUGUAAUGAACCUUUGUCAUUAAUUUUCCAAGAGAGAAAAGAAACAAAGGUGAUUAAUUACCAUGCAGUAAAACUAAAUUUUAUUAAAUUAUGGGUCAGAGUAAAAGUCAAUUUUCCGAAGAAGAGCUACAAGAUUAUGAGGAUUUGACUUAUUUUACGAAAAAAGAGGUGUUGUAUGCUCAUCAGAAAUUCAAAGCUUUAGCACCAGAGAAAGUCGGUCAUAACAAAAAUGCGAAAUUGCCCAUGUCGAAAAUACUGCAAUAUCCUGAACUGGGAGUAAACCCAUUCGGUGAUCGCAUUUGCAAAGUGUUUAGUUCUAGUCACGAUGGUGAUUGCACCUUCGAGGAUUUUUUAGACAUGAUGUCUGUAUUUAGUGAUGCCGCUCCAAAAGCUGUGAAAGCAGAGCAUGCCUUUAGAAUAUUUGAUUUUGACGGAGAUGAUAUGAUAGGCACAUCCGACUUGCAACAGGUUGUAGAUAGAUUAAUUGGAAGUAAUCAUCUGUCUGAAGCAGAAAUGCAACAUUUAAUACAGAAAAUUCUAGAAGAAGCCGACUUAGAUGAUGAUGGAGCACUUUCUUUUGCUGAAUUUGAACAUAUAAUUGAUAAGUCUUCCGACUUUGCUAGUGCAUUUCGUAUACGAUUGUAACUAUUUUUCAAGACUGAUACCGAUUUAAGUAUUUCUUUGAUCUCCCCUUCAGAUUUCUCAACUGCAAUACUCUUGUGAUAUUUUAUUUCGAAUGUAUUUAUAUGAAAAUUGUAUACAAUUAAGUUUACAUUAAGAUUGUAGAUAACCAGGCAAUUUCAUACGCAUAAAUAUCCAUGUUGUGAAAAAUGAUACUAAAACACAAAUAAAACCAACUGCUGUAAUUAAAA